AGGACCGCCAUCUUUCUGUCUUCUUUUUGCUCUGUAUGGCAGUAAAGUGCAGGACCAGCCUCCGGUCAGGCGGCGGCGCUGUCACGACCCCACCUGACAAAAAAGAAGACACGAAAAACAUGGCUUCCUUUGAAAACAAUAAGAGGAGUGUGGAGGAAGACAGUUUUGAAGGAGCUGUUGAAGAGCUGUCUAGUUGUGCUUUGGCAAUGCUGGAAAAGGAGAGAGAAUCCAUUCUCAGCCCACCAGAGAGCCCCGGCACCUUUAUCAUGAGCACCUCCAGUAGUCUUCAGGCUGCUGCCCCCCUCCAGGGCUAUGAUGUGGAGUUUGACCCACCCCUGGAGAGUAAAUAUGAGUGCCCUAUCUGUCUCAUGGCUUUGAGGAAUGCCGUUCAAACACCCUGCGGUCAUCGUUUUUGCAAGAACUGCAUUGAGCAGUCUAUUCGAGAUGCAGGACAAAGAUGUCCUGUGGACAACGAAAUUCUUUCAGAAGAUCAGCUGUUUCCUGAUAACUUUGCCAAACGGGAAAUUCUGUCAUUAACUGUUUGCUGCCCAAACUCUGGUUGCCUUGAAAAAAUGGAGCUACGACAUUUAGAGAAACAUCUGGCUCAGUGUCAGUUUGCCACUGCACCUUGCCAACAGUGCCAGCAGUCUGUGAGGAAGAGCCACCUAGAGGAGCACACGACUCUUGAGUGCCUUAGGAGGCUUGUGUUAUGUCCAGAUUGUGUAGCACCUUUUGUUUAUCAGGAUAGAGAGCUUCAUGAGCAGCAGUGUCCUUUUGCUAAUGUGAAGUGCCAGUACUGUGAGAUGGAUCUCAUCAGAGACCAGAUAGAAUCUCAUUGUGAUACAGAUUGCCCAAAAGCACCCAUAGCCUGUAACUUUAGCACCUUUGGAUGUAAGGAAAAGAUGCAGCGCCAUGACCUGGCUCAGCACAUGCAGGAGUUCACACAGAUGCAUAUGUGGUACAUGGCAGAGUUCCUGCGUGGCCUUAGUCUAAAUGGCACCACACCCAAAUCCCUAAGGGCUCAUGGACCCUCUGUUAUCUCUGAGGAUCAAGGGGCCGCAGCAUCAGUAUUACCCGCUAGUGGGCCCAGAGUAGCUGCAGGCUGCAGCAAUAGCAGCGGCAGCAGCUGUGCUCAGCCUAGUGAAGAGAUUCAGCAACUCAGAGAGAUGGAUGGACGAUUGGUUAAGCAGGACCACCAGAUUCGAGAACUCAUAAUCUUAAAGGAAACGCAGGCAGGCCAGCUUGCAGAACUCAGGCGUAGGGUGUUGAUGCUGGAGGAAACCGUGAAGGAGCUGGAGGCCCAGCAGUGUCAGGGUAUCUUCGUCUGGCGCCUCAAAGGUUUCUCUGCCCUCCUGAAGAAACAAGAAGCAGGACUGCCGGUGGUGGAGCACAGUCCCGGCUUCUACACAGGCUCUCCAGGUUACAAGCUUUGCUUGCGUUUACACCUGCAGGCCCCCAACGCCCUGCGUUGUUCCAACUUCAUCUCCCUCUUCGUCCACACCAUGCAAGGGUCUUUUGAUGGGCAGCUGACGUGGCCUUUUCAAGGCGUCAUCAGGCUUGCCAUUCUAGACCAGGGUCCAGAGGGUCAGCAUCACAUGGAGGUGAUGGAAACAAAACCAGAUCUGCAAGCCUUUCAGAAGCCCACCAACCAGCGCAACCCCAAAGGAUUUGGCUAUGUUACCUUUUUGCACCUGCAUCAGCUGAAUCAGAGGGCCUUUGUCAAAGAUGACACCCUUCUUAUCCGCUGUGAUGUGACACCACGUUUUGACAAUAUGCUUCAACGUGAGGGACCAUCUGUGCAGCCAAGAGGACCAGAGGCAUCAGUUUCAAGAGACUGAAGUCAAACACGUACCUACUGGAUCAUCAUUACACUGAAAUGUGUGUACUUGGGGGUUACAAUACAUAUUCCAAUGUUCCAAUACUGCUCAGUGCAUUUUAUUUGUGGAUAGAAGGAUGAGAAGAGUUUAUGUUGUCAAUCAUUUAAAAUUUGUAAACAGCAAAUAUGCUAGUAUUUAUUUGAAGUUUAUUUUAAUUGAUAAAACCAGUAAAUACUCUCAAUUAAUUUUACAGUCUGUAUGUCAUCACCCACAUAAUACAAAUUGUGGAAGCAGUUCAUGUUUAAUCAGCUCAAGAUGACCAGUCUAUGCAGAUUACAGACUUCCCUCUCUUCUUGUGGUUAUCGGAAACAUUACUAAAUUGUAUGUAUUCUGUGGACUUUUUGACUUUGAGUGGCACCAUGGAGCACAAGCAGAUCAAGACAAGGAUGUACUGCAUGUUGGUAUGAGGAAAACUAAGCUCUGAGAUACAGUUGGAACUGUAAGAAACAUAAUUUGCAUAUGUCCAAAAACAAUCUUUUACUUAAUUAUACUGAAAAAAAAAUCAAGAAUUUAAGAAAAAGUGCCACCCUACACCCUAAAAUUGGAAUCACAGUAAUAGACAUUUUAGUCUAGAACAGCUCUCAUUUCAUUUCAAAAACAUGGAAUGUAUCCAUCAAAUGAACAAUUUUCAAAUCCAGCGUCACUGGUUUCGCUCCAAAAUAAUAUGCUUGCUUUUGCAUUGUAUUUAUAUGACACCAUGCAGUGAUUUGAGCCACUGCAGUGUCUUAUCAUAGACCAUGCAGAUAGGCUUAAUGGAUUGAAUAUUCCACACACAUACUUUUGAAUCAUGUACACAUCUGAAAGAUAUACACACAUAAACACUGAUUUUAAUCACACACACACAUUAUUGAAUAUCUCACAUAUUUAAAUCACAGGCACAGCCAAACAAAGAAAAUAAGCAUUUGCAACAAUAGUCAGUAUUGUAAAAACAUAUGCAGCAUUGAUUCACACCAAGAAACAGGUACAGGAAACACAUUUUUCCUAAUGAUAUCUUCAUGGUACGGGGGAAUAUACAAAAAAACAAAACAAAUGUUAAUUUAUAAUUAGCUGUCAGUUAUUACUUUUACUCAUCAAUAUAAGGGAACUUUUUGUUUGCUCCAUAUCCUGGGUGACCUGUUCCAUCUUCUCCCCUUUCCUGUUUAACAUCUUUCUCUGGUUGACUUUGACAUGCAUCAUUGGAAAUGCUUGCCUUGUAGCCUGUUAGAGAAACUGAAAUUUAAUGUUACCAUGUUACUAGUAAAUUCAUAGUAAUGGCA